GUAGGCUGAAGGCGGAAGUGUGCGAGCUUCGUGGUGGAAAAAAAGUUCUCAUGGUUGUUUUCAUGCCAGUGUAAAAAAAAGUUACGUUUAAGUCGUUUGUCGACUCUCAUGAGAGUGUGUUGAAGCCGAUUGAAGACACCAAAGGGACCAGUACCUCUGAAGAAUGGGGAGUGAACCAGGCCCAGUUCAGAUUGUCACAGUGUGUAAGGAGGAUCACUCCUUCGCGUUGGAUGCGGAGGCUUUGGCUCAGGUUCUGUUGGCUCCGGAGGUCCGAGACAAACAUGUGGUGGUGCUGUCGGUGGCCGGAGCUUUCAGAAAGGGGAAAAGCUUCCUGCUUGAUUUCAUGAUCCGCUACAUGUACAGAGAGAGCGAUGAAAACUGGCUGGGUGACGACGACAAGCCUCUGACGGGAUUUUCUUGGAGAGGUGGUUCAGAGCCAGAGACUACCGGCAUCCAAAUCUGGAGUGAAGUUUUCCUCGUCCAAAAGAGCGAUGGAACAGAGGUGGCCGUGGUGUUGAUGGACACUCAGGGAGCGUUUGAUAAUCAGUCCACCGUGAAGGACUGUGCCACCAUCUUUGCCCUCAGCACCAUGACCAGCUCCAUACAGAUCUACAAUCUUUCAUCAAAUAUUCAAGAGGACGAUCUGCAGCAGCUACAGCUGUUCACAGAAUACGGUCGACUGGCAAUGGACGAGAUCUUUCUGAAGCCCUUCCAGUCUUUGAUGUUUCUGAUCAGGGACUGGAGCUUUCCCUACGAAUACACCUACGGCUUUAAAGGCGGCAAUGAGUUCCUGGAUAAACGGUUACAGGUUAAGGAGGCCCAACAUGAAGAGCUGCAGACAGUGAGGGAGCACAUCCAUUCAUGCUUCACCAGCAUCUCCUGCUUCCUGUUACCUCACCCCGGGCUGAAGGUAGCCACCAGCCCUGCUUUUGAGGGACAACUCCGUGAUGUGGCCCCAGAGUUUAAAGAGCAGCUGCAGAGUCUGAUUCCCAAACUGCUGCACCCAGACCGUCUGGCUGAGAAAGAAAUAAAUGGAAACAAAGUCACUUGCAUGGGCCUGCUGGAGUUCUUCAAGGCUUAUAUCAAGAUUUAUCAGGGAGAAGACUUGCCACAGCCAAAGACGAUGCUAAUGGCUACAGCAGAAGCCAACAACCUGGCAGCUGUAGCAGCAGCCAAAGAUCAGUAUUACAAGAACAUGGAGAAGGUGUGUGGCGGAGACCUGCCCUAUGUGGCUCCCGACUCCCUGGAGGAGAAACAUCACUUUCAUUUCCGAGACGCUCUUCACGCCUUUUCGUCCACCAAGAAGAUGGGUGGACAGGAGUUUUGUGACCAUUACCAGGCACAGCUGGAAAAGGAGCUGGAAGAAAUGUGGCAGUCUUUCAGCAAGCACAACGAGUCAAAAAAUGUCUUCAGCGCCUUCCGGACUCCUGCCGUGCUGUUUGUGCUGGUGUGCCUCCUCUACAUACUGUCAGGCGUGUUGCUCUUUGUUGGUCUGUCCACCUUCGCCCUGGUGUGUGACUGCAUUCUGGGUGUGGUCAUGAUGGCCAUGCUGACGUGGGCCUUCAUCCGCUACUCUGGUCGAUACCGGAGUGUAGGAGGAGCCAUCGACCAGGCAGCCGGUGUCGUCCUGGAGCAGGCCACCGUGGCGCUGAACAAGUCGAGAGGGACGAACACCAGCGUCCAGAAGAAAUCCAGUUAGAGGACGUCGUCUCGAUGCAACGCAAACGGCACAAACACAACACAAGCACACAUGCAGCACUAAAGCCUUACCAUGCCUCCCAUUGGAACAAACAUGCAGCUCAACACGUUGGCACAGAAAAACAAAAUGAUGCCAAUUCACCAGCAUCUCUAUUAUGCACAUUUCUCUGCUUGUCAGAGUUCAGGCUUAAAUAAAGGUGACCGGAGGCAGGGACUCCAUCAGCCCAGCCCUCUUAUUGAUACGACGUGUCUUAAACCGACACUGCCAUCGUUUACAAGUUUACAAUUGGUCUAAAUAGACAGGUCAAUGUUUACCUUUAAACUUAAAGACAAAAACACAUUUAUUCUUUGGUUGUAUAUCGAUCAGACAGGGUGCUUUUCAGCAUAAGCUUCUGCAUCUUUAUUUACCUUUAUAAAUGCUGGCUUUAAAGCUUCUACAUUUAUACAUAUUUCUGUGUGGCUAUAUUUUUUACGUAUCAGCCUUAAAACAUUCCACUCUUUUUGUAGAUUUGUUUUCUAUUUGAUAUAAACUAGCAUUUUCAGGAGACCAGAAUAAACGCACUUUCCACUUAGCAUUGCUGCUUUUAAUGGAAGUUCAGUUGAAACUUAGUUACGUGCACUUCUUUGUUUAUUGCUUGAUGGAAAUAUGUUACACUUUGUAGAUUUUCAUGCUAGAUAAUAGAAAAAAAAAAUACAUAUUCCUGCAACAAAUAUUUCCGCAAGAGCUUCAAACUCCAAAGAAGAGACAUUAUUAGAAUAUAGAAAAAGUGUUGAAUGCCCAACAGAAUAAAACUAGUUGACCAAAGAGUUGUCUUUAAAUAUUGUUUGAAUUAUAUUUUGAUUUACUCUUAUCACUUUGAAUUUCAGUGAAUAUAAGCUAAAAUACAUUCACGGGACUUAAAUCCUUGAAACAACUUAAAAAUUGCAAUGAUUCCAGAUAACAGAGUAAAAAAAAUCUUGCUAUACACUAGCAUGUAACACAUAGCAACCCAGAGGCUUAAAUGGACCAAAUAUAGAAGAAAACAAGCAGCAAAAACCUGCAGUAAAUGGGACGGUAUGGCUGUCCUCUGCUUUGUGUACAAGCGCUUCAGCUGUCAGAAGACAUAGACUGAGAUUAUGUUUAAAUUUAGUUGUUAGAAAUCCUCAGCAUGUGGCCAUAUUAGUCAUGUUUGCACCUCAGGAACUAUUUCCUGACGUAAUGCUUUUAGCCACCAUUCCUAGCCUGAGAUAUCUGAGAGAAAAUGCCGAUGGUGGUCAUUGCACGCUGAUAAUCAGGCUGCAAGUAAAGGAGAUACUGAAACCAUUUCACAGUAGCUCGUUCUAUUCAAGGUUUAGGGUUUGGCUUUAUUGAUCCUAAGUAAUCUGUAUGAGAAUGAUUCAUAUUUGUAUUUGAUAAGGGCUCUUUCUCUGACAGUCAUCACCAUGUAAGGCUGUCAGUCCUGCUUGAUCCCAUGGCGUGCUUGGGUCAGACCUUUGCUUUGAAUGACUUACAUGUAAUGGUUGUGUAACAAAAAUGAAACCAUAUUACGGAACGGGCAGAAUAGUAAAUUUGAGCUUGAUUCUUUUGCUCUUGCUUGCAUGCGGACAUUUAACCAACCUGUAGUAUUUUUUCAGGCAUACAGAGAAUUAAAAAGCCGGACUACCCGGUGGAUUUAUUAGGUUUAGUUUUUCUUUGCGGGGCCAAGCAGGACUUGUCAGGCCAACUCCGAAUGAAUCAGGUAGUGGAUUAAAGGACUAUGAUUAUAUGCAACUAUGCCCUACAUCUCCAAAUACAUUAAAAUGGAGAUUUUUUUUCAGCAACAUUUGAUUGGAGAAGUGGAAUAGAGAGCAUGUACUAUUUAUAAAUAGAUACCAGAUUGUAUGACAUGAGAGCAGAAAUAGGAUCCUGUAGUCUCUAAUGAUGCAGCAUGGUGCACUUUAACAACUACUCGUAUACUUUAAGCGCUCAGACGCACAAUAGAGACGCAAAAAGUUGCUUUAUUCUCACAAUGAUUGCAUGAGUCAUGAGAACACAUCCAGAUCUGUGAUGUUUGAGCUCAUUAAGCACUUUUUCCACAUCUGUCCUUUUACACAAGAGGAGGUAACUUCAAGUUGUUUUACAUGCAGUAACUGUUGCACUUGCCCUCCUUUUUGGUGCUCUUUGCACACAGCUCAUUCCAAAAGUACAUAAAUGCAUGCAGUGGAGUAAAUGUAGUCAUCUUUUGCAGGAGUAGAGUGGCCUUGACUUGAGAAAUGCUGUUUUUUAAAUGAAUAAACAGAGCUUGAAACUGCUGA